GCUGUCGUCGUCGGUCUGUCGAAAAAUUUUGUGUCGAAAAAAUAACAAACCUUUCGGGGGAAGCUCGAGGAAAAUUUUAAAUUUGCGCAAAAAUUGUGCAAUUUUUGUUGAAAAUAGGCAAACUUGACAGUGAAAGUGUGAAAACUAUCAGUGGCAAACGUGUGACCAUGCAGAACAGUGUGAAUUCGCUUUCGGUUGGAAAUCUUUAAGCGGAAAGGAAAGUGCUUCCGUACGCCCGAGAGAUUGAUCACAUCACACAUCUUACCGCCCAGCCCAGCCGCAUCCUAUCCUCGAUCCCUUCCGCACCAGAGAAGGGAAGUGAAGGCAAGUGAGCAGACCAGAUCGCACGAUGAAGCAGAUGAUGAUGCUAUUGCUGUUGCUGCCGUCGAUCAUCCUGCUGGGAUGAAGUAGGCAUUGCCCGUCGUCACCUGGUAGGGUUCGGUCGGUCGGUUGCUCGGUCGUCGGUUCUCGGAGGACGUUCGUUCAUGAAAUCUGUGUGAAGAAGUCGAGUCGGUGAGGGAAAAAGAAUUUUUUCGCCUACUUGGAUAAAGUGAUUGUGAAUCGCGGUGUUUGCCUGAUGAUAAGAUAGUGAUCACGCCGCACGGCCUACUGAUAUUAGGUGCACCCCUGUAAAGCAGAAUCAGAAGAAUUUAGUGUUGCUUGUGGUUGAUAACAACAAACCGUCGUCCGUCGUUGGACUGUUAUCGAGUUUGCUCGGUGACGGAAGUUUAACGGAAUCAUAAAACAGUGACUAAGGUUUGAUUGGUGAGGAUUUGGUUCGUGUGGAAAGGAAGCUACUGUACCAGGAAUGCGAACGGAUUGGCGUAAUAAAAGUGUCUUUCGAACGUUGUACCAAGGAGGAGCGGGCCAUGGGGAGGAUUCGUAUGGGCAGCGGCUUGCCCGCACAUGCAAAGACAGUCUCGAAUUCAUCCAACGGAUGGACCUCUGGAAAACCCUCAAGGUGCACAAGGGAUGCGUGAACACCGUCUUCUGGAGCGACGAUGGCCAGCUGCUGCUGUCCGGCUCCGACGAUCAGCACAUCGUCAUCAGCAGCCCCUUUACCGGGCAAACCUUGUUCCAGCACAAGACUACACACAGGGCGAACAUCUUCAGUGCUCGGUUCCUGCCGCAGAGUGGAAACCGUGAAAUAGUUUCAUGCUCCGGAGAUGGUAUCGUACUGUACACGGAACUUAAGGACGUGGCGCUGGAACCGGCCGAAGCGCACGAACGCAAUUUGAACUACUUCAACUGUCACAGCAAUGGGACGACGUACGAAGUUUUGACGAUUCCGACGGAGCCCAAGUCGUUCAUGAGCUGCGGAGAGGACGGAACAGUUCGGCUGUUCGACCUCCGCAAGAUGACCCGCUGUCUGAAGACGUGCUGUAAGGAUAACAUCCUUAUACUGAGCCCUUCAGCGGUUACGGCCAUGACGCUGUCGCCUAUUUCGGGAAACUACAUUGCACUGGGAAGUUCCGAUAGCCACGUGCGGAUCUACGACCGGAGGUUCCUCAAGAUGGUGGACUGCAAUUCUCCGGGAUCGCCGAACGAUCGUCACACAGUUCCGGUCAAGAUGUUCACCAAUCCGUCCGAGGAGAAGCGAUCGUUCCGGGUGACCUCGAUCGCUUACAGCGGGGACGAGCGCGAGCUGCUGGUCAACUACUCGUCCGACCAUUUGUACCUGUUCGAUGUGACCCGGGAGGGCAUCGAAGUCUCGGCAGCGCAGGCUUCCAGCAAUGCCGAGAAGGGCAAACGGGGCUCGAAGACCCCGAACAGCAGUAUCGACAGCCCUCCGCCGGUGCGUCGGUUGCGUUUGCGUGGAGAUUGGUCCGAUACCGGGCCGGAAGCACGUCCGGCCCGGGAGAUGGCCUCUCGAGUGUUCGGGGCCGGCCAGGCUCGGCCACAACUGCAGGCUACGAUCAUGCAUCGUAUGACUGAAGUUCUGUCGCGAAUGUUGGCCGACCCCAGAACACGGAUCGGACUGACGCACACGAACGAACUGACCAACGAUAGCGAUCUGGCCAAUGUCGUGGACGACUUCAGGAGUUUUGCUAGCAGUAGUAGUAGUGGAGGUGGGGAUGAAGAAAGACGGGAAGGCUCAGGGGAACCUCAGCCCUCGACGAGUGGAACUCGGCCAAGGACGCCGAGACAAGCGGCUGAAGGUGAUUCGACACGGGUUGGACGAAAUGGCAGGGAGCGGGAUGAUGACGAUGAUGAUGAGGAUGACGAAGACGAUGAUGACGGAGAUAAUACUAGGUCAAACCAAAGAGGUGGCGGAGAAGAGGCGGAGUACGAGGCGGAACUGAAAGCACUGAAAGAUCUCGAAGCGAAAGCUAUCAACUACGAUUACGUAAUCAAGAAAUUUGUGGGUCAUCGAAAUGCACGAACGAUGAUCAAAGAAGCCACCUUCUGGGGCAACGACUACAUCAUGUCCGGUUCGGACUGUGGCCACGUGUUCACGUGGCAUCGAGAAACCGGCCGGCUGGUGAUGCUCAUGCAGGCCGACCAGCACGUGGUAAACUGCGUGCAGCCGCAUCCGACGUUACCUCUGCUGGCCACGUCCGGUAUCGAUUACGACAUCAAAGUUUGGUCACCCAUGGACGAGGGGAAGGUCCGAUUCGACGAGGAGGCGGCCAAUGAUCUCAUGGAACGCAACGCGGUAAUGCUAGAGGAAACCAAAGAUACUAUUACGGUGCCGGCUUCGUUCAUGAUCCGGAUGUUGGCGUGUAUCCAUUCGCUGCGGAAUCGUCGGGGGCCGGCUGGUCCGGCAGGUUCCGCCCCCGCCACCGCUGCCGAUGGCAACGGAAGCAGCACUGGCAAUAGCAAUAAUAACGAUAACAAUAAUGAUAAUAAUAACAAUAACGAUAAUGGCAACAAUAACAGUAGUGGCGGCAACGAUCGCGGGGAAAGUUCCGGCGGUGGUGACCGCAGCGGAAGUUCCGAACACUUCCUGUAAUGAAUGCAUGGUAAGUUAUAUAACUCCUAGCGAAACGGUUAUUGUAGUGCUCUAUUCCAAGCAAAACUGGCAAACAUUAACAAACACUUUUUAUUACGUUUUGAGCUACGAUCAACUUAACAACUGACAUUAUCAACAAACAAGCAAGAUGUGAUUUUCCGUUGUACUUCUAAUACUGAGUAUAACUGUAACUAUUUGAAGAA